UGUAAAUAUAAACAACGCGCCAAAAAAUACAAUGACCAAACAAUGUUUCGACUGUACUAUAUUUAAAUUAACAUACAUACUUGUAGGAAACAACCAACACAUUAGAAUAAACAUUAAAUUUCACUGAUAGGAUUAUAUUAUUCUGGAGCUGAUAAAAUUUGAAUUUUUGUAAUUCUGUCAUUUCCGGGCGGGCGGUGAAAUUUUGAAAUUGACAAUUCCUAAAAUAGCAAUGCAUUGAUGAUCUUGAUAACUGUGGAAUCUUGUUCAAGGAAUAAUAAUGGAAAAAGCAUCCCGUGCUAUUAGAAGAAGUGGAACAAAGUUACUGUCCAGUCUUGGAGAUGGAACUAAUUCCGAUAUGAAUGUUAUGAUCUCAGAAGUGAAAAAUUUACGAAAUUCUGUCAAAUCACAAAUAAAUGCUGAAACUUCUGCAUCACAAGACAUGUUAAGAUGGUCAGCUAAUGAAGAAAACAGGGCAAUACAGGAUGUUUGUAAUCAUAUAUCAGAGUUAAAUCUUCAAUGGACUGAAGCUCAAAGGGAAUUUAAUGAUCACUUGAAGGACUACAUGAAGAUGCUGGAGCUGGUAUUAGAAGGAGAGAAACAUGUGAAAGAAGCAAAAAAUAAUCUGGAUAAUUGUGAAAAUAAAGAAAAAGAUUACCAGAAAAAGUUGAAGAAAACAUGUAAGAAGGGUUCUGUGGAGGAGAGGAUGUCCUUUGAAUCCAAGGUUACACAGGCACAAAAAUCAAGAGAUGUGGCUUUGUUAGAAGUUUGUGAAAAAGUGAGAGAAAAUGAAGCAGUUAAAAUGAUACGUUUGAAGGAAGGUUUGACAAAAAUAUCUGAAGCCUAUAUGAUGAUGGGGAAAAAAUGUUCCAUACUGUUUGAGGCAGAAAGGGAUGUUGCUAACCUGAUACCUGAUGUACAUGGACAGAAUCUUGAAGAAAUUAAAUAUACAGGUGCACUCCAUUCCCAAGCAUUUGUAAAAAGGGCUAAAGAAAAAGUACAAGCAUAUAAAGUUAAACCUCUGAGAAGAUCUUCAAGUCUUCCAAGACAGUCCCAGAUAUGUCGAGAGAGAUGCUCACCUUAUGAAACACCUGAACACUCACCUAAAAAACAUUCCUCUAGUGACUCACCAAACAAGUCGUCAAUCAGUAACUCACCGAGCAAGUCAUCUAUAAGUGACUCACCAAGCAAGUCAUCCAUGUGUGACUCUCCAAGUAAAUCAUCAAUGUAUGAGCAAGAUUCUGAUCCACCACCAUACCACACAGUUUACCCCAGUAUCUAUCCCAGCCUACACUUCAUCACCAGUAACCGUGACUACAGUCAGAACCAAUCAGAUCACAGUAACAACUCUUCACCAGAGACCAGCAUUUGUAGAAAGUAAAUGGACAAAAGAAGGAUAAUUCACAUUGGUGCUAAUAUUAGAAUGUAGAUUAUUAAAGAUUGUUUCACAUAGUAUACAAAUGUACUAUUAGCAUGCACUGAAAUGAUGUUAAUUAAUUAUUUGUAAGCUUAUAAGGGCUAGGCACGAAUCAAAGUAGCCGCGAAAAUAAGUUGGUGUAUAGUUCAUUGUAUGAAAACAAGAUAUUUACCAUUUACCGUUUCCAUUUUCAAUUUUAUUUAAAGUCAUAGUUUUUAGCUUAUAUUGUUAUCCUUGAAGUUUUUAGUUUAAUGUAUGGCUUUGGGCAAACAUAUAUUUAUAUCCCAAUAAAAUAGAUAUCUUUAGAUGCUUUGAUAGAAGCAAGGUACAAGUGUCUUGGAAAGGACCACUUUUCAUAAGCCAAAAAAUUCAUACAUUUGAAAUUGAUUAAAUCAACUGUAAUGAAUAAUAGAUUUCAUAAAAAAAGAAAUUUGAAAUUUUCUUUGUUUGUUUUCAAUUAUAUACUAUCUCUGCUGUAAAUUGAGUUUUUACAGCCAUCAAAUUUAAGAUUGAUGGUCACAACUAUCAAAAAACAGUUCAUUUAUCUCUUUAAAUUAUACAGUUUGUUAAAUGAAUUCAGACAAAUUUUA